AUGCACGCCAAAGGCAACGCCAAGGGUCGCAAGUUCUCGCACGCUUUCGCCGCCGCCGGCGAUGAUCAGCUCGAUCACAAGAAGCGCAAGGUUGCGCAAAGCUCCACGCUCCCAUUCGGAAGCUCCAAGACCUCGAGGCGAUUCGUGCCCAUCCGCGGAGGUCGCCAAUGGACCAUUUCCAUUGCCGUACCAGGCAGCAUCCUCAGCAAGUACGUUCCCCACCACACCGCCCCCCCCUUCUCCGUUUUCAAGAGUAUUACCAACACCCACAUCUGCAGUCUACCAACCGCUGAGCAGCGUCUCGUCACAGUCGCCCGCCUCGCGCGGUCCCUCUCCAUCUUUUGCGUCGACGAGGUAAUUGUAUACGACGACGACGCCCCGUCGGCGCGCAACACCACGACGCGCUUCGACAUGGCCGACGGUAGCAGCAACACCGGCAUAUACACGGGCGAUGCCGACCCGUGCCACUUUGUCGCGCAGGUGCUGUCGUUUCUUGAGUGCCCGCCGUUUAUGCGGCGGCGACUGUUUCCGCUGCACCCCAACCUCCGACACACGGCGCUGCUGCCGGCCCUCGACAUGCCGCACCACCCGCGCGCCAAGGCGCCGUGGCUACCGUAUGCCGAGGGCGUGACGGUGACAGCCGCUGGCGAAGACGCCGACACGUUGCUGCUGCCGGACGGGAGCGGCGGCUCGUUGGUCGACACGGGCAUCGGCGGGCUAGUGCGCGUCGCCGAUGUCAUACCACCAAACACGCGCGUCACGCUGCGCUUCGACGGCCCGAAUGACGCGCAGCAGCAGUCGCCGCCGCCGCCCAUGUGCGUGCACCCAGACGAGCCGCGCACCAAGGGCGGCUACUACUGGGGCUACGCGGUGCGCCGCAGCGCCAGCCUGUCGGGCGUCUUCACCGAGUGCCCGCACGCAGGCGGCUAUGACCUGAGCGUGGGCACGUCGGAGCGCGGCACGCCGCUGUCGCAAGUCAUGGCAGACUAUCAGCAGCGCCAACAGCAGCAGCAUCAGCAAAGCCAGAACUGGCGCCGCGGGUACCAUCAUCAUCAUCAUCAUCAUCACCACCACAACAACAACCACAACACCGCCGCCGCCGAUGUCGCCGCCGCCGAUGUCGCCGCCGCCGACAACGAGACGCCGUCUUUUCAGCACCUGCUCGUCGUCUUUGGCGGCCCGCGCGGCAUCGAGCUCGCCGCGGCCCACGACCCGCAUCUCGCCGCCAUGCAGAUCCGCGGAGCCAAGACGCGCGAGCUGUUUGACCACUGGGUCAAUGUGCUGCCGGGACAGGGCAGCAGGGACAUUGCGACGGACGAGGCCGUGCCGAUUGCGCUGAUGGGUCUGCGUGGGUUGUGGGAGCGCCUCUGA